AAGUCAUGAUUAUAUGAAGGUGUUAGUGUGUGGUGUAGAGUGUCGUCAGUGUAGUAACCCACAUUCCUGGCUCUUGGUACGCUGAUGUAGUGUCACUCAACCAACAGUUGAACAUUUUGAGUCCCUUUUCGACGUAGUUUUCACGAGAGUCUUUGACGAGGCUGUACCUUUCGGUGACAUAAUCUGCUCCUGCCUCCUGACUGGGUGGGUGAUGGGGAGUGAGUUCUACACACCUAAUUAAUGACAAGAUGCAGUGGUGGACAGUAGUGUUGGUGUGUGCUGCACUACUGCAGUCAGUGGUAGCCACCAAAGUGCUCUUCCUGGGACCUGUCUCUUCACGAAGUCACAAGAACUUUUACAUGGGCAUUGUUAAUGCCUUGGCUGAUGAUAACAUCCAGGUUACAAUGGUGUCGCCAUUUAAGUCAUCAAAAGUACGAGAAAAUGUUCAUGAGGUAGUCCUCUCAGGCGGGGAUCUUUCUCAUCACGCUUCAAAUGUUUUUAAGGAAAAUAAAAUUAAUUUUUUUAUGACAAUGAUGAACAUUAUGCCGCGCCUUUGCGUUGAUGCUCUGGGAAAGGAAGAAGUUCAAAAUUUAUUGAAGGAAGAUUUUGAUUUGGUUCUCCUCAGCGCGAUCAUGUCUGAUUGUUUCUUGUCAGUAGUUCAUCAGUUGAAGGUUCCUUUUAUAUACGUGAGCCCGGCAGGGUUGAUAUCACCACUGCCAUCAAUAACAGGAAACACACGAUUUCCCUCCUAUGAUGCAAACAUUAUGAUGGACUUCAAACAUCCUAUGACGUUCAUGGAGAGAACAAUCAGCACGCUCUCUGACAUUGCUUGGGACGCUAUGUUCUAUUACUAUAUAUCUCCAGCAACAGAAUCUGAAUGUCGUCGUCGCGGCCUUUGUCCAGAUGAUAUGCCCAGCCUUUGGGAAAUCGGUUCAAAUACAAGUCUUGUACUGAUAAAUAGCAUACAAGCCGUCGAUUAUCCAGCUCGUCCUGUUGUUCCUGCAGUGGUGCAUUGUGGUGGCAUACAUCUGCGUCCUGCACAGCCUCUCUCACAAGAUCUAGAAGACUGGGUGCAAGAUGCUGGUGAUGCUGGCUUCAUCUUCUUCAGUCUUGGGUCAGCUGUCACGCCCUCCAGUAUGCCAGAGGAGUACCGCACAAUCUUGGUCCAAGUGUUUGCCUCCCUCAAGCAGAGAGUCUUGUGGAAGUGGGAUAAGGACACUAUGGAUGACUUACCACCAAAUGUCCGUCUUGGCAAGUGGCUCCCACAACAAGAUAUUCUUGGUGACCCUCGCUUGCGUUUGUUCAUCACACACGGUGGGUUGCUGAGCACCUUGGAGUCCAUGUACCACGGUGUGGCGGUGCUGGGAAUGCCUGUGUUUGCUGACCAGCAUUCCAACAUGAACAUGGUGCAGAGGAACGGCUGGGGCAAAGUUCUUCUCUGGGAACAACUUUCCUUUGAUAAUCUCAAGAAUAUGAUCAACAUCAUCUUGAAUGAUGAAAGCAUGAGAGCUGAAGUAGCAAGAAGGUCCAAAGUUAUGAAAGAUCGUCCACAGGAUCCAGCAGAGGUGGCCCUCUACUGGACCAAGUAUGUAAUACGACACAAGGGAGCCCCACAUCUCCGAUGUCCUGCGUCCACCAUGACUUGGUGUUCGACCACUCUCCUCCUGAUAAUCUUCUCCAUGACUUUGCACACGAUACAUGUCAGAGACACAGGUAUCAGUUGUAUAACGUGGACGUCUGGGCAUCAGUGACUGUGUUGGUCAUCAUUCUCAGCUACAUCUCAUUACGACUUGUAGUUUCCUUGUGUUCCUGGCUUUGUUUCUCCACCUCUGAAGCAAAAAUUGAUUAAGAUUAAUUCUGACUUUUUUUUUU